AAUCAUUCUGCAUUAAGAUACUACUCACUUUUAACUGUUUUACUACUACUUUUACCAUGAAUAUUAGUCAUUCAAAGCAAUGUUACAUAAUUUACAUGAUAUAAAUAAGCAACGUUAACACUUCCUGUGGAAUAUGAUUGAGUAAUGAAAUUACAGUUUCUAAUUGUGAUUAUUAAUAUAAUGAUUGUUCUCAAAAGUAACAAACUAUCUGAUCCAAACUGUCGUUGUUAUAUAUUUGAUAGUACAAUGCAUAAAUCUGGUACAUUCAAAACUCCAAGUUAUCCAAAGAAGUAUUAUUAUGAUUUGGAUUGCUUAAUAUAUCGUUUUCAAGGUCAACCUACAGAAUUGGUUAAAAUCACAUUUUCAACAUUCAAUUUGAGGAAACCUAUUCAACAAAAGUGUAUAGACUAUGUAGAUGUAUUCACAACAAUAGAAACUGUAGAACCAACUUCAAAGGAAGCAAUCUCAAAUCAGUUAUCUAACUUACCUGAACAACAUCAACAAAUAUCACGAACAUUUUCUGCUAAUUUGUACAGACCAGCUGAUUAUAGAAUAUGUGGAGAUUUGAAUGAUUUUCCACAGAAUGAAUUUUACUCAGUCAACUCAGUUUUAUUCCUUAUAUUUCAUACAGCCCCUAAAAGUGUGAAAGUAAAGCAUGGUCAACAAAUAGGAUUCACUGGCCAGUUUACAUUCGAGCUAAAAAGCAAUUAUAGGAUCAUUGGAAAGCUUGAAGAAAAUACACUUUGUAAUUAUGAAUUUCAUAAUGUACAAUCAUUAAAUGGGACUAUUAAACAUGGAAAUUUUUUCUCUCCUCGAUAUCCAAGCAAUUACCCACCGAAAAUCAGAUGUAAGUAUAUGUUCAAAGCAGAUAAAAAUGAACGAGUAAUCCUCACAUUUCGUUCGAUAAGGUUAAAACCAAUUUUCAACGGAGAUUAUACCGGUAGUCUAGAAAUAUGUAAUACAUGGAACUCUGUACAUGUUCAACAUGAUAUUAUCUCUGUAUCUGAAGUCUUUCAAGAAGAGUUAAAAACACUGAUACAUUUGUGUACUAAUUUAGAGAAUAUUCAAUUGGUUUCGCAUACUCCAAUUUUGAUAAUGAACUUUGUAAGUCAGAAUCCUAUAUUUCAAGGUCAAGGAUUUCAUGGAACUUAUGAAUUUGUUCAUGAGUCACAAGUUAAGCCAUCACCAUUUUUAAACGAUUCUAAUCAAAAACAUGUUGAUAUUGUGGAACAUCAAAACUUCGAAGUUAACCAACUAAAAUCAAAUCACUUAACAAGUCUGAACAAAUCUAAACUACUGGUUGCGGAUGCCGGGUUCACUUCAUCCAGAAGUAUGCAAUUUCAUGAAGUUGAAAAUUCAGUACAUUCAGAUUUAAUGGAUACUCAACACAAUAGUUAUUCAAACUAUUUACUGGAUCCAAAAUAUGUACAAAGAAAAUUAAUCUUUUCUGCAGGUCCUUUAAAUCAUACUCAAGGUUCAAUUCAUUCAGUCAAUUUCCCUGAAGUCUAUCCACCCUUAAUAACAGAAGUGUACACUUUUAUAGGUCAACUAAAUGAAAGAGUUGUUGUUAACUUUUUAUACUUAAAACUUGGAAACUCUAAAAAUUGUGAUAACAUAAAUUCUUUGAUGGGUGAUCGUGUACAGUUGUUCGAUGGGAUGCAUACUGAAGAUCCAUUAAUUAUUGAAUACUGUGGAGAUAAAAUGAUAUUUCGUAAAAAACCAGAAAUGUUUUCAAUAUCCGAACCUUAUUACUUUCAUUCUUCUGGAAAUGCAUUGACAUUGAAAUUUAAAAGUGAUUCAAUUAGUCGACCAAAUGAACUAGGAUUUAAAUUACUUUAUAAUUUUGAACAUCAUCCAGAAGUUCAACAGCACGAUAAUAGUGAAGUGGCUAAGAUAUCUCUAAAUAAAGAAGAGUAUGGUGCCUCGAAGAAUAUAUCAAUAAAUAUCUCAGAUAUUGUUCAUAUGAGUAGGAUCAGUCUAAUCCUACCUGGAUUGGUAUUAUUCCAAAUGCAAAUAAACAGAUGAUUCAUUGAAAUAUUUAUAUGUAUAGAAACUUUCACUUCUCAAUGCCUUCCUGAUCAAAAUGCGUCAGUUUCACUUCUUCCUCUGUAUAAUAAAAGGCCCGUAAAUCAUUUAUUUUUCUGAAUAAUCCUAGAGUACUCAACUUCAUUUCAGUAAAACAAUAUAAAAGAUAAUCGUUUGUCUUUUCAGUUAAUAUUUCAGCAUGUUGAUUCAAUUAUUAUUUUUUAGCGGAAAGUCAUUCCUCACCUUAUAAUUGUACAAAAGAAUUCACUUUAUUACGAUAAACAUUACUGAUAAUAA